AUGGCGACAGCACUCAGUUCAGACGACUAUGUUGUGACGCCUUCAGCGUAUCCCGCGCGCACGAAUACCGACACCGUCACAAUCAACGGCCUGACUACGACGGCAAAGACAGUCAAUUUCGCGGACAAGAUUGUCAUCACGGUCACACAGAAUGGGCGGUUGGCACACUGGGUGCAUGUCCCUCUUGACAUUGCUGCGACCGAUGCUUCGGCAAUCUCAAGCUCAUUCCUCGAUCGCGACGAACAAGACGCCAACUCGGACCUCCUUCCCAUGCACCACUUGACGGCUACCACUGUACUCGGCGGCACGGUUGCCCCGCUCGACACACUCGGUCAGACGCUUGCAACCCAAGUGGCCAGCGCCAUCAAGCAGCGCAACGAAAGGGAGUCUCGGAUGGUUGUGUUUGGCAUGGGAUUAGACAAGAGCAUGAUGGAGAGAGAAGCAUUCAGUGAGCUGGUUGGAUUGGUUCUGGGAGUAGUAUAA